CUGUGCGCCGGAAGGAGGCUCUACGGGGCGCUUUUAGAAUUAUGGCGGCGGUAGACAUCCGAGAUAAUCUGCUGGGAAUCUCUUGGGUUGACAGCUCUUGGAUCCCCAUUUUGAACAGUGGUAGUGUCCUGGAUUACUUUUCAGAAAGAAGCAAUCCUUUUUAUGAUAGGACAUGUAAUAAUGAAGUGGUCAAGAUGCAGAGGCUAACAUUAGAGCACUUGAAUCAGAUGGUUGGAGUUGAAUACAUCCUUUUACAUGCUCAAGAGCCCAUCCUUUUCAUCAUUCGAAAGCAACAGCGGCAGUCCCCUGCACAAGUUAUUCCACUGGCCGAUUACUAUAUCAUUGCUGGAGUCAUCUAUCAGGCACCAGACUUGGGAUCAGUUAUAAACUCCAGAGUGCUUACUGCAGUGCAUGGUAUUCAGUCAGCUUUUGAUGAAGCUAUGUCAUACUGUCGAUAUCAUCCUUCCAAAGGGUAUUGGUGGCACUUUAAAGAUCAUGAAGAGCAAGAUAAAGUCAAACCUAAAGCCAAAAGGAAAGAAGAACCAAGCUCUAUUUUUCAGAGACAGCGUGUGGAUGCUUUACUCAUAGACCUCAGACAAAAAUUCCCACCCAGGUUUGUUCAGCAAAAGUCUGGAGAAAAGCCUGUCCCAGUGGAUCAGACAAAGAAAGAGGCAGAGCCUCUACCAGAAACUGUGAAAUCGGAGGAGAAGGAGAGCGCAAAGAACGUUCAGCAGACUGUGAGCACUAAAGGUCCCCCUGAGAAACGAAUGAGGCUCCAGUGAAUAGUAGACAAGAAGAAGCCGGCAAGCUCCUUGUCAGUCACUAUACCUCAGCACCGUGGGAGGCUCUUGAGUCUUAAAACACUAUCACAGCCCUCUGGUUUGUAUGGAAUGCACUGGUUCCUUACAAAAGGACAUUCUCCCUACCAUGAUUUCUAUGUGAAUAUUUCUUAUGUAUCUUUUGUAACCUUGCCUCUACUGGACAUGGGCAGUGCACCUAACUCAUAGAUAUGCUAGUAUAUAUCUUUAAAAACAAUAAAGUUAUUUGUAUAUAUUA